UCAUUCUCUUAUUUACAAAAGAGAAGGCAGAAAAAGAAAGUGCGACCGAAGGGUGAAAUUUGAUGUGAAAAUCCCCAGAAAAAUGCGAAAAUCUUCAGAAAAUUUCACAUAAGUGUGCAGAAAAAGUGUCUCUGUGUGUUUGUCUGUACGUAGUUUGUGUUUAUUUGGAGUGACUUGGGGAGAUUUUGUGGAAAAGUGCAAUUGUUAGUGAAGCCCUUGAAGUGCGUCUCGAGGCUGAUUUGGAGGAAAAUUGAACCUGGCCAGGUCUUUAGCCAAGACAAUGGACUACGAGUACGAUGAGAAUCUGUCGGUGAAUGACUUCUUCAAGAUGCUGAAGAGUAAGCAUCAGAUAUUGCUGGACACAGCUCCAAUGGAGAAUUUUGUCAUUCUCAUUCCACGACGUGGGAGUCUUCCGGACGUGAGGACUCUUGAGACAGAUUUCAUCCUCUCGCACGUCCUGAUACCCAAUGACGAACUCCCAGGCAGUCAUUUUACCACGCUGAUGGGGGAGAAAGUGAGUGUUAGUGGAGAUGGGAAGAGGAUUUUAGUGGAGACGGCAGCGGGAGAAGUUGAAGCCCUGAUUCUCUUUGAGGAAGUCAUCUACACCAAAGAUUCCUCCAAGUAUCGCGUGUGGUGCAUAAAUAUGCCAAUUGGCAAGACGACAAAUGAGUCAGGGUGCAGGAAAACAAAUCCCAGCACAGAUCUCUACACAGUUCUCACCAGUCACGAUGCUGGACAGCUCCUGGCCAAUGAAAUCAACUCCCAGACCGUCUUCAAGCGCAUCCAAGCCAUUUGCCGAGACUACGUGACAGUCAACUCCUCCCAGAACUUCUCCAUUGACCAGUUAAGAGAUUCAAUCCAGGCGCUCUUCAACAAGUGCCUCAAGAUUGCUAUGCUCAACAAUAGCGUGCUGAAGAAGAAAUGCCGAGCUGAUGCAUUCUUCCUGAGAAAUGUCAAGCUUGCCCUUGAAACAUACAUCAUGAGCCUCUUGCAUGAGUUUGUCUUUGAUCGUGUCACGCUGUGCUACCUUCCAGAGGCAGAAAUCUUUAACAGGCAUGCUAGAAGUGCCAGUGAUUUUACCUAUCAGGACUUCCAUAUUGAUCAGCGGUUCCAGGCAUCUCUGGGGUUAGUAAAAAAUGAAUUGUGUCGUAUUGAGUCGUGCACAACGGUAUUGGAAAAGAUGAACUGUUUGAAGAAUGCUCUGAAUCUGCUCCCAAGAGAUAGAAAGGGAGAGAGUUCUGUGAGUUCAGAUGAGAUCAUUCCAGUUUUGGCUUUUGCCAUUGUUAAGUCUGGUUUGACGCACUGGGUGACGACAUUGAGGUAUCUGAAACGUCUCAAAUUUACGAGUCUGUGUGACAAUGGUAUUGAGGAUUACCUCCUUACCACCCUCGAGGCCGCUAUGACGUUUCUCGAGGGCGGAUCUUGGGGGAAAUUGACGAAUCCCCGUGGGGAUGAGAAGGUUCCUGACAAAAUUGUUGAGCGAUUUGUGUCUAGAGAACAUUUUAUCGAAUACUUCCAUGGUAGAGUACGUGGAAAUUGCGAAAGUGAGGUUAUUAGGUUGAUGGAUGUGGCUCAUGUGGAGAUAGAAUCUCUGAGUGGGAAACUCUGUCAUCCACUGUGCGACUGCACAGGAUGCCGUGAGAUUGUAGGUCAGAGUGUGCCAGAUGUCAAUUGUGCGGCAGAAGAUGGUCGAACAGCUCUGCACGUAGCUGCAGCUGCUGGACCAGCCAAGAUGGUCACUCUAUUGAUAGCUCUAGGAGCGAGAGUGAAUGUUAGGGAUCGGAAUGGGAUGACACCAUUGCAUGUGGCUGCUAGGGAUGGACAACAGAGUACACUGUUGUUGCUCUUGCAUGCAGGAGCGAAGAUUGAUGCUAGAACGAAUCUGAGUGCAGAAACACCGCUCCAUUUGGCAGCCUGCAAUGGUCAGGAUCGCUGUGUCAAAGCCAUCCUCUAUUUCUGUGAUCACAUGCAUGUGCCCCAGAUAAGUGUCAAUGCUAGAAAUGCACGGGGAGAGACUCCGUUGCAUCUGGCAGCUCGUUGGGGCUUUGCGAGUAUCGUGGAGUCCUUGAUGGAAUUUGGGGGUCGUGGAGAUGUUCGCAAUAAAUUAGGUAUCACACCCAUUGAAUCUUCCCAUAAUUCGCACAUUCGCACGCUCAUGGAGGACCAAAUAGGAGCUACAGUGACAUUUAGACGAGACACUAGCGCCCCUGAAGUCAAAGCCGAGAAGAUCAUUGACGCCAUUGUUCAAGGAGACACCAAUCUAGCACUUUUCUAUCUCAAUAUUGAUCCAGCAUCUCUGACCAAUGGGACAGAGGCAACUUGUGAGUGUGCUGAGCCCCUAUGUAGAUGUCCAGGGGAGUCAGUGCGGACCAAAGUUGUGCCACGAGGUGCCAAUGUCAAUUUAGCAACUGAAGAUGGCAUUACGCCAUUGCAUGCGGCCAUUCGGUACAACAAUGUCCACAUGACGCACACAUUGCUGGCCUUUGGGGCCAAUCCAAAAGCCAAGACACGAUCACAGUGGCAUACUCCACUUCAUUUCGUGGCUACAGCUCAGGAAGUGGAUGCUGUGGUGGUUUUUCUCGAUCACACCACCAAAGACAUCAUUGACGAUGAAGACAUCAAGGGAAAUACAGCCUUGCAUCUUGCGCUGAUCGCAUCGAACUUGCAUCUCGUGGAACUUCUGCUAAAAUCACCAAAAAGGCAGAUCUUUGCUGCGUCCGUGCAAGCCUGUGGAAUUGCAGUGGGAUCUCCCAGAUCGCAGCACGAAGUACUAACAUCGUCACAUGUUUCACAGCAAAAAAGGGGGAUGGGAAGAUAA